AUGGAAGGACCGUGGCAUGCUUCCGCCCCCCUCCGCUCCGGUGGCGCAUUGUGCGUGCUUUUACGCACCGUGGCCAAACCCCAACCCAAAAGGACACCGCAUUGUGGCCAACUUGGCGUCUUCCUGAUCCUCAUAUCGGUGAUUUCACUCAUCCCAGUGGGAAAGGUCUCGUCCCAUCCUCAGUGUUUGGACUUCCAACCGCCGUUCAAACCGCCGUUUCACCUGGAGUUCUGCUCCCAGUACGAACUGCUAGGCUGCUGCGACCAGGACGCGGACAACCUCAUCGCGGAGAGAUACUGGGAUAUCAUCCAGUACCUGGAGGCCGAGGGCUCUGAGCUCUGCGAUGACAUGUUGAAGGAGGUCAUGUGCCAGGAGUGCUCCCCCUACGCGGCCCACCUCUACGACGCGGAGGACCCCUACACCCCCGUCCGGGAGAUCCCGGGCCUGUGCCCCUCCUACUGCUCCCGGUUCCACGGCCGCUGCGCCCACGCGGUCGGCCUGCUGACCGACGACCGCCGCCUGCUGGACGCCAGCGCCCGGGGCGCCGCCGCCUUCUGCCGGGCCGCCGGCCUCUCGGACCGGGACUACUGCUACCCCGACGUCCUCGCCGGGCUCCGGCCGGGCGUGGCCCCGGGGCCCGUGGCGGCGGCGGCGGGGGCGGGGGCCAUGGCGGCCGGGUGUCUGCAGCUGUGUCUGGCGGAGGCGGCCAACGGGCUGCGGAACCCGGUGCUGAUGCUGCACAGCGGCGACGGGACGGGGCGCCUGUUCGUGGCCGAGCAGGUGGGCUUCGUCUGGGUGCUGCUGCCGGACGGCGCCCGGCUGGAGCGGCCCUUCCUGGACCUGAGCGGCGCGGUGCUGACCACGCCCUGGCUGGGCGACGAGCGGGGCUUCCUGGGCAUGGCGUUCCACCCGCGGUACCGCGACAACGGGCGCUUCUUCGUGUACUACUCGGUGCUGGCCGGCGGCCGGCUGGAGCGCGUGCGCGUCAGCGAGAUGAGGGUGUCGGAGCGCGACCAGAACGUGGCCGACCCCGGCUCUGAGAGGGUGAUCCUGGAGAUCGACGAGCCGGCAGCCAACCACAACGGGGGCCAGAUCAUGUUCGGUCUGGACGGGUUCCUCUACGUCUUCACCGGGGAUGGAGGCAGGGGCGGGGAUCCGUUCGGGAGGCACGGAAACGCGCAGAACAAGAGCGCUUUAUUGGGUAAAGUCCUUCGUAUCGACGUGGACGGAACGGACACCAGUGGGCGGGGAUACCGGGUCCCGCCCGACAACCCCUUCCUGGGCGAGGCUGGCGCCCGUCCGGAGGUGUACGCCUACGGGGUGCGCAACAUGUGGCGCUGUUCGAUGGACCGCGGGGACCCCGCCGACGGCCACGGCCGCGGCCGGAUCUUCUGCGGUGACGUGGGCCAGAACCGCUACGAGGAGAUCGACGUCAUCGAGCGUGGCGCUAACUACGGGUGGCGCGCCAAGGAGGGCUUUGAAUGCUACGACCGUGAACUCUGCCACAACCCCUCCCUCAGGGAUGUCCCGCCCAUAUUUGCGUACGACCACAGCGUUGGCAAGUCGGUGACGGGCGGGUACGUGUACCGAGGCUGUGAGUCGCCCAACCUCAACGGCCUCUACCUGUUCGGAGACUACAUGAGCGGGAAGCUGAUGGCUCUGCAGGAGGAGCGGUCCACGGGCCGCUGGACAGAGAGGAGCGUCUGCAUGGGGCACAGCAGCACCUGCUCCUUCCCAGGGCUCAUCAACCACUACCACAAGUUCAUCAUCUCCUUUGCGGAGGACGAAGCUGGGGAGCUGUAUUUCCUCGCCACUUCCUACCCCAGCACCAAUUCUCCAUCUGGGGCGGUCUUCAAGUUUGUGGAUCCGUCCAGGAGAGCUCCGCCUGGGAAGUGCCAACAGAAGCUACUCCCAGUCAAAGUGAAUGGCAAGAAGUUUGCCUUCGUUCCCAAGGAAGCAACUCUGUUGGACGCCGGGGUGAAGCCCACACGACCUCCGCCGAAAAAAAUUAAAUUCGGCACCAAGCCUCCACCUCCAAGAACUACCAAACCUGCCUCCACCCCCACCCAACCACCAGCUACUAGCACUGCCAAACCUACGUCCACAAGAACUCCCAACCCCACUACAAAAACCUCCACCCUCACCCACUCCCCGGCCCCAAGCUCUGUCGAACCCACCUCCACCCCAACCCCCACCAAGGCCCCAAGCUCUGCCGAACCCAACUCCACCCCAACCCCCACCCAGUCCCAAUCCUUAAGCCCUGCCGAACCCACCUUCACCCCCUCCCAGUCCCCGGCCCUAAGCCCUCCUGAGCCCACCUCCACCUCCACCUCCACUCAGUCCCUGGCCCCAAGCUCUGUCAAACCCACCUCCACUUCCACCACCACCCAGUUUCAAUCCCUAAACUCCCCCACUGUCGUCAUGUGGCCUGUGGAUGAGUGGAUGAACCAGGCAGACGCCCGCCCCUCGCGUCUCUCGGUGUGGACGGACUGA